GACAAGCUUGAGAAGAGAGUGAGACUGAGAGAGUGAGAGAGAGUGAGUGAGAGAAACAGAGUCUGUGAAGAAGAAAGUAGAAAGAAGAGAAGGAUGCCUCAUAGCAGGUUUUCUGGUUCUGUGUCAACUCCGAAGGUUGACGUGGCAAUUGACAUGGGCAACCCUUUCCUUAAUCUCACCGUUGAUGGUUUCUUAAAGAUCGGCACUGUCGCAGCUGCCAGAGUAGCUACAGAGGAGGCUUAUCACAUGAUUAAAAAAGGGAAUAUUUCCAGUCACAAUUUUGAGCACACGCUGAAGAAGAUGUGUAAAGAAGGGGCAUAUUGGGGAACUGUGGCUGGAUUGUAUGUGGGAAUGGAGUUUGGAGCAGAGAGGGUUCGUGGCACUAGUGACUGGAAGAAUGCCAUGAUUGGUGGUGCAGUGACGGGUGCAUUGAUAUCUGCAGUCACCAACAAUGGCAGAGACAAGAUUGUGACAGAUGCCAUUGCAGGUGGUGCCAUUGCAACUGCUGCAGAGUUCAUCAACUAUCUCACCUGAACAGAUGGUUCUCUUCUUUGUACGAAACUAUGUGAUCUGUUCCUUUUGUCGUUCUUUCCUUUGAAUAUGUAAGCUUGUCAGAAUAAAAACUGAAUUUCAAUAAUCUUACUACUUGGUGCAAAA